AUUUUGAAACAUCCGAAAUUUUCUUCUUUUUUCCUCACAGUCCGGUAUAGGAUCUGGAAAUUGUAAAUCUUGCAGAUUCAUAGCAGUAUCGAAAAUCGCGGCGUCAAUCUCUCUCAACUGAUCUUCAAAAUUUGUACGUACCGGAUUGCUUGGAUUUGCUCUUUUCAAUUUUGGCCGUUUUCAAAACUUCAAACACAGUUUUUAGUGGCAUAUUGGUAAAUAGAGGGACUUCGUGGGACCCAUUGACAGUAUAUUGUCGCAUCAAAUUGAAGACUUAAUAUUACUGUUGCUCUUCCCCAAAUAUUUUCACAAAGCAAAGUUUCCCUCUUCAACUCUUCCUCAAAAUUUUCACAUCACAUUUCCUCUUCUCCAUUUCCAACAGUGUAAGUACAGAAAGUCCGAAGUACUUAAUGAGGAUGAGAUGAACAUUACAUGAUCAAAGACAAAAUACCAAGGACUGUCAGACUCUUCACCGGCGACUGCGAGCUCUGUCACCGUCGGAAUCUUCACCGUCAGCUGUCCUUAUUUUCGUGAUCUUCUCCCAGCAGCUCAAGCAGCCUUUGACAUGGCAAAUAUGGAAGAGUUACACAUGGCUGCUUCAGCUUACUAUAGUAAUGCCUCCGAUGAACUUAGGCAACGAGCAACAGAGUUCUUCAAUUCAAUGGAUACGAAUGGCGAUGGGGGAGUUAGCUUCAAUGAGUUCGUCCAAUUCUUCGUUCAAAACGGAUACAACAGGGGCGACCCCAAUUUUUUCCGUAGUUUGGACCGCAAUGGAGAUGGGUUCUUGGAUUUCUUUGAAGUCCUCACGUUUUACUACGUCUUCAAAACCAGGAGUGUGUGGUGUAAGUACUGUGGAGUUUACCUAACGGGACUGUAUUUCACGUGCGUUGAAUGCUUUGACCAUGCUAGAGGUAACACCUACGACCUUUGUUCUACGUGCUAUGGGGAACGGAGGCACCAGCAGCAUCAUUACCACCAUAACAACUUCUUGGAUAGCUACGUCUUGCUCCGGGCCAGGGCAGGCCUCCCUGCAGGUGCCCAAAAUCUUCAACAGGCACUAGUUCCAUCACGUCCUCCAAAUACACCACGACAGAGGUGGACACCAUUUCAAUUACUGGAGAUGACUGUUAGUGCUGGGUAUUUGGCUUCUCAAUUUGGUUGUAGCAUCAUGUGAUGGUUUAUUUGGAAAUUUGAGGUGGACAAGGAUUGGCACGCACGAUGCAGGAAUCAACAUGGCUAACAGAAGAUUAUAUGUCUUCUUUCUUUGCAUUUAUUUUUCACUCCGCUAUUUCUUUUUUAACAACUCAUCAAAUAUUUAUUCUUGCUUUGGUUUUCCUAAUGAGUGUUAAACUAGUUUACAUGAUAUAUUUUUUUUAGAAGUGUUUGGUUUGUAAUAUUUUCAAUAUUUUCAUAACAAAA